UCUAAAUUAAAAUUUCACUAAAAUUUAAGCAAUAGACUUCAAAAAAUCGAAAUUUCUAAAUUUAACGUAAACUAUAUUUUAAUUUUUGAGGCCAGAAGGGUUGGAAGCUGGUUUUUAUUUUAAGAUAUUAGACCAUGAAUUCGACGAACAAGAGAGUCCAUCGGGUAAUGGUGGUCCUCACGGAUGCCACGCGUAAAGGCAUGACCACCAGCAGCUGCAGUGGUGAGGAUAAUCCUCACGAGACUGAAAUGAAGAUCCUGGACAGCAGAUCUUUGCUAUUGCGGAUACAAAACACAAAAGCAAACGCCCAUCGAACAGAAUUGGGAGCUGAUGGUGAGGGUAGAUGCGUAAGAGGAGGAAGAAAACUACCGCCAAAAAUAGGUGAAUCGCCCCGUUACUAUCGCCACAUGGAAUUCGAUUCCAUAGGCUAUGAAUACGAGCCACAAGUGCGUGGGGAAUUAUCCGAGUUGAUAGAGCAAACAUUUCGACAGCAAACUCAUGGAUGUCUCCUGCGUAUGACCCCACUGAGGACGCACAAUCUGAAUCUGCUGACGCGCCUUCUGGUCGCCGAGGUGGACAAGGCGAUGCUAGUUUUGCAUUGUCGCCUCAGAGCCAUCAAUGUGGAUUACUAUGAUGUGAGAAAGUUCGAUAUGGUCAAUAUGUUGAGUGAAGCAUCACCAAAUAAACGUCAUCUUCAUUUUAAACAUUGUGGUCGUUGCUUGCAAAGCACUCGAGAGUUAUUCCAGUGGCUUGUAACCGAAUAUAAUGUGCUAAGGACUCGUGGCAGCGGUGACGACUUUAUAGAUUUGCAAUAUAUUUUUCGAGAUGGCCAACAAAAGUUGCACAAGCUUCAUUUGACCAUUUUUCAGAUAUUUGGAUGCGAUGAACGCAUGGACAUAUCUGGCUUUUUUAAUGGUCUACCCAUGGGCAGAAAUAACCACGCCAGCCUCCUAACUGAUUGCAUUAAGGAGUCAUUUGAUUUUAAGAAACCCAUGCGGACAGUGAUUCUAUUUGAGUUGCCAUUGACUGUGGGCAAAGAAGCACCAAAAUGGAUGCGCAAAAUCCUCCGAUUAGCUGACACAGCUUACACAUCCAUAGCGACCAGUUAUAAGAAUGUUGGUGACUGUUCUAUUACACCAUUUCGAGUGUCAAGCAAAGGCAAUUUGAGUGCCAGUGGCAGUUUCAGUCUAAGCCCAUCUAGUUCCAGAAGUUUGGGUAGUAUUUCAAACUCCUUGCGGCGACGAGCAGCCAAAAUGUCCACAGAUGAUUAUAAUAGUCUUGUCUACUGGUAUGGACGCAUUGACUCCAAGUUCAAGGAACUUCAACUAAGCAUGGAAGAUCAUUUCAAGUCACUCUACAAUCAAAAGAGUUUACAAAUCUUUAGCAAUUUAAAAUGCAUGUCAAAUGACGUCAGCCAAGAAGACGAUUAUGACGAUGAAUCGGGGGGCGAUGCAACUGAACACCUGCCCAAUCAAAGUCAUAUCAUAACCGCAUCCCGUUAUCAAGAACUUCUUAAACAAUUUCGUCACUUGGAAAAUGAAGCUGCAAAAUCAUGUUUUGCCUCCACUCUCAUGGUCUAUAUGAGUACGAAAAACUAUGAAUUAAACGAAGCCAUGAAGGCACUCAAACAGAGGGAAAUUGAAAAGCUAAGACAAACACUCAUCAAGUAUAUUAAAAAUGAUCCGACUAUAUGUGCUUAAUUUCGGUCAUCAUAUUAUUGUAUAGUUGAAGCAGCCGAAAGGAAAUUCUCUUCCUGCACAACAACUAGACAAAGAUAUGAUUUCCGAAAAAAAAGGAUCAAAAGAAAUGUCUUGUCCCUCCUAUUUUAAUGAAAUACAAACAAUUUUGUUUUUUUUGUAGGGCAUUACAUUCAUAUAUAUAUAA